GAAAACUUGCAAAAUUGAAAAAGUGCAAGUAACGAAGUAUAUUUGGUCAUAAGUAUUUCAUUUUAUUGUUCGUUGUGCUAAAUUCUUCUUUAAAAAAAGUAAAUUUACAAAAUUUCUCGAUGGCUGGAGCCACGCUGUUCGCUCGUAUGAAUACGGACAGUAUGAGUACGAAGUUCUCAUUCGACGACGCUGGCAAUGACGAAGAACGUAUCCGCAAGAAGGAGAUUCAAAUCCUGGAAAUCGGCGAACAGUUCAAAAAACAAGGUAAAGCUAAAGAAUUGGCUGAAUUAAUCAAAAAUGUUAGGCCGUUCUUGGGUCAAAUUAGCAAAGCGAAAGCCGCCAAGCUUGUGAAAUCUUUGAUCGAUAUGUUCCUGGAUUUGGAAGCUGGUCUCGGUGUUGAAAUUGAGCUCUGUAAAGAAUGCAUCGAUUGGGCGAAAGAAGAAAGCCGUACGUUUCUGAGACAAAGUUUAGAAGCGAAACUAAUCGCGCUGUACUUCGAAUCCGGCAAACACGUUGAUGCGUUGCAAGCAGCAGGCAAAUUGUUGAAAGAAUUGAAGAAAAUUGAUGAUAAGAAUCUGCUCGUCGAAGUGUUACUGCUGGAAAGUAAAACCUAUCACGCGUUGAGCAAUUUAUCAAAGUCUAGAGCUUCUCUAACAUCUGCUAGAACUACAGCUAAUUCGAUUUACUGUCCUCCUAAGCUACAGUCAGCGUUAGAUCUCCAGUCAGGUAUUCUGCACGCAGCUGACGAACAAGAUUUUAAAACCGCCUAUUCGUAUUUUUAUGAAGCAUUCGAAGGAUACGAUAGUAUAGAAUCGAAUAAAGCUAUUACCGCUCUAAAGUACAUGUUGUUAUCGAAAAUUAUGCUCAACACUCCCGAAGAUGUGCAACACAUUGUUAGCGGUAAAUUAGCUCUGAAACACAGUGGUCCCGAUAUCGAUGCUAUGAAAAGCGUCGCCAAAGCUAGCCACAAACGCUCGCUAGCUGAUUUCCAAGAAACGCUUAAACAGUAUAAAAAGGAAUUAGAAGAUGAUCCAAUCGUACACGCUCAUUUGGAUACCUUAUACGAUAAUUUACUAGAGCAGAAUUUGUGUAGAAUUAUUGAGCCUUACUCGCGCGUCGAAGUUGGCUUUGUCUCCGAGCAGAUAAAACUCGAUUCUCUUCAAGUAGAGAAAAAACUUUCGCAGAUGAUUUUAGACAAAAAAAUACCCGGAAUUUUGGACCAAGGAGAAGGAAUUCUCAUCGUGUACGAAGAAAAUGCUCCGGAUAAAACCUACGAAGUAGCGAUGGAAACCAUCAACAGUAUGGCUAAAGUUAUCGAUACGUUGUACGAAAAAGCGAAAAAAUUGAAUUAGUCAUUGUGAUGUGGUUAUUUCUCUUGUACGAAAAGAUCAAUUCGUGACGUUAGUGUUAAUUUUCCAACCAAGGUACUUAAAUAUUAAAAUAUACCGUUGGAUAAUUAUAUGUACGUUAUUUCUCAUAAAUAGAAAUAUUCGCUUAAAGGCGUGUUAUUAGUAUUUUUAUGAUAUGAUAAUGACGUUUUUGAACGUUGGUCUUUUCACGGUAUUUAAAUCCUGUUAUAAAUUUUCAUGAAAGGCGUCGAGUAAUACUUUUAAUAACUGUGUUUGAUACCUAUUUUCGAAUUUUGUAUUUGUACGAGAUGAAUAUUUUGUACAUAGUAUUUUUUUUUUAUUUUACUAAUGAUUUAACAUUAUUCGAAAGAAAUAACAUUUUGUACAAGUUCUACCCUUGUUGAAAAAGAUUAAUGAAAUUUUAAUUAUCUUAUGUUAAAUUAGUAUCGAAGUGAUUUAUUUCGAGUAAUAAAGCGUGAAUUUGUA